AUGGGUUACUCACCUAAAACUCCAAAAGCUUCCCCCUUCCAUCCUGCUUUUACCGUCACCAACAUCAAGAGCGUAAUUCCAAUUGUCCUCCAGAUGGACCGUGCUCAGUACAUCUCUUGGGUUGAGCUCUUUACAAUCAACGCACGAUCCCAUCAAGUGUUGGAACACAUUCUACCUUCCCCUGACAAAACUGACAAUUCCUCUUCUCUUUCAAACACUGACCCUGAACUUUGGACUCGCCUCGACGCUCUUGUCCUUCAAUGGAUAUACAACACCAUCUCCAAUGACCUCCUCAAUACCAUUCUCAAACCAAAAUCCACCGCCGAGGCCGCGUGGGGGCGAUUGAAAGAUGUCUUCUAG